AUUAAUAUGGAACUUGAAAUUUAGAAUUAGACAGCCCUCCUUGCUUUAGAUUCAAAAGAUAUGGUUGAUAAGUUAGAAAAACUAGAAAUUACUUCUGAAGUAAGAUGUGUUUUAAUAUUUAAGAGUUUUGAUAGUAAAAUGGCUUGUUUAUAAUAUUUUUCAUAUAUUCUAACAUGGGACAUUGUAAAUGCAAGAUUUUUCUAUUACAAAUAUUUAAAGCUUUUGGAGACAGAAAAAUUAGGAAAGGAGAUGACUAAAUUUUUGAAACUUGUUUUCGAAAAUAAAUACUCAGAAUUAAUAAGUGGAUGUGAUUAAUUAUGUGAAUUGUUGAAUACCUAACAAGUAUAUAAAAAAUGGAUAAAUGAAUUAUAAAAUAGAGUUAAUGAACAUUUGAAAAAUUUGGUUGAAAAAAAUUUCACAUAUAUUAGUGCAGUUCGUUUAAGUUCAUAUGGGUACACAAUAAUUGAAUAUUUAAAGGAAAAAUCCUUAAGGAUAAGAUUAUAUUAAAAUUGAAGAAAAGAAAUAAGAUAAUACUCCAUUAGACAUAGAGAAAUUGAGUUAGAUGGCAAGGUUGAUUUAAAAUAUGGAGAAUAAGUGAAAUUAUAAAAAGCAAUUUAAAACAUAAUUGUUAUUGAAAUUCAGAUAUAUAAAAAUUAAAAAAUAUAAUAGAAAGAAAU